CUUUCACUUUCGUUUAAUUGUGGUCAAUCCUUAUUAGGUUAUAUAAAAUUAAGUACACAUAAAAACAAAGGUUAACUACAAAUUGAAACUGCUAAUAUGUCAGAAAAGAAAGGUGCAUUUAGUUUCAAAACCAGACACCAAAAGACAUUCAGACCAAAGAAGAAAUGGGAAACAAAUACACCAAAGUAUCAACUUCAUAAAAGAGCUAAGGCUUCCCUUAAAGCGGGAUUAGAUUUACGCGAAGCUGUUGCAUUGCCAUGUGAUGAAGAUCUAAACGAUUGGUUAGCUGUCCAUGUUGUUGAUUUCUAUAACCGUAUCAAUUUGAUAUAUGAUACAAUAUCAGAGGUCUGUACAGAUGAAAGCUGCCCAGUCAUGUCAGGUGGACCAAAGUAUGAAUAUUAUUGGGCAGAUGGAGAUAAAUACAAGAAACCGACUGCACUGUCUGCACCAAAAUAUAUUUCUCUACUCAUGGACUGGGUAGAUAAUCAAAUAAACGAUGAAGAGAUAUUUCCUCCAAAUGCAGCUAUUCCAUUUCCUAAGAACUUUCAAAGCGUGGUCAAGAACAUAUUUAAAAGAUUGUUUCGAGUUUUUGUUCAUGUUUAUAUACACCAUUUUGAAAAGAUAUUAGCCAUGCAAUCUGAAGCCCAUAUAAAUCAAUGUUACAAACACUUUUAUCAUUUUGUUACUGAAUUCAAUCUGAUUGAAAAGAGAGAGUUAAAUCCUUUGAAAGAAAUGACGAUGCAAAUGUGUAGUUGAGAUACGAAGUAAAUCAUAGUUAUUUAUUACCUUCAAUAAGCGUGCUUCUGUCAAAUGACAGCAUUUAAAGAGUUUCUUUGUCACACAAAAUAAACAUUCACGCUUAAGAGAUGAACACCACUGAACGUACAUGCUAAUGGAAUAUUCCAGAAAUCCUACUGAACAAUAAAUCAAACAUUUUGGAGUUGUUGUUAUUGUUUUUGUUUGUUGUGAUAAGCAUUUUUAUUACGCAGUAUUUUUUCGUAGUACUUUUCCUGCAUUUAAACUUUUCAUAUUCAAUAUGUUGCUGUGAUUGAGGGUUAAUUAAUGCUGGAUAAUUUUAAGUCUAGAUUUAUAUUCCAAUUUGGUCCUGAGGAACUUAUUUGCAAAAGCUUGACUUACAAACUCAUGUUUUUGCUGAGAACUUCAAAUGGAAAAAAGAAAUUUGUACAUGUUAUAUACAUUUUUCUUUCAUACAUCUUUAAGACCUUACUUUAUGGGAUUAGUUUUUGUGAAUUAGGUUCCAAAAAAUCAUUUGCAGAUCUUUUUUUUCUAUAUUGGCCAAAUCCACAGAAAAUUACAGUCGCAUAAAUCAUUCCUGCAAAAAUUUAUCUUGCAAUAUUUACAGGGUGUUAUUCAUAAGUAUAAAAUAAGUAUACUCAGGCUAAGAUUUACUAAAAGGAGCAUUAUUAUUUACUAAGCUAAGCAUUGUGUUGCAGUUCAGCUUGGUAGAUAUGUGUGUAUGUGUUACCACAUUUUAAAAAAGCUAAGCUGAGCCAUACUGAACCACACCAAAAUAGCAGCUUUUCUUAAGAAAAAAUUCUUGUUAAAUUAGAAGUUUUAUGUUAUGUACAUGAUUUAGCACAGGUUGUCUCAGUAUUUGUUAUGAUAAGAGUCGAGCCAAGCUGUACCAAGACAUCCAGCAUGGCUAGUUCAGCUGCACGUUACAGUACAAAUCGACAUGAAAAGAUAUUGGUUUUAUAAGCUGUGCUAAACUAAAUUUAGUUAAAUUGGUUUGAGUUUGGCUUGGCUUGACAAAGCUUAUAUAAUGAGCCUAAGCAUUCCCAUAUUUGUUCUCUAAUUUUCUUAUAUACUGAUAGAAAAAACAUGUAAUCAAACAUUAAUUAAUCCUCUUGAAGUACAGUUACAAGCUAAAAAUUUAAUUGAUCUUUACCUGUGUUGUACCUUCUAGGUUGUCAGAAGUGAUAUCAUCUAAAAUUUUAGCUAGCAUUUUUUAAAAAGUAGUUUUUAAAUUGAUUUAUUGUUUAUGUGACCAUAUAGAGAUAAUUUAUUGUUGCUUUUGUUUAUACUUUUUUAUCAAAUAAGGCACAUUCUCAUGUGUAUGUAACUUGUGUUUAUUUUGUCAAAUAACUAUGUGCACAUUUUUAUUGUUUUGUUUUAAUAUCGAGUGUUUGGUUAAACAAAUCAAGAGGGUUACACUUCGAAGAAAAAAAAAUUGGUAACUUUUUUUCUGUAAAUAAUCUUCUGUAAAUAAGCUGGUCUGUUUUUUUUUCAGAUUAAUUUCUUCAGUGUAAACAAAACUUUAUUAUUUUUUAAGGAAUUUAUCUCCAUUAAUUUUUGUUUAUUUUUGUCACAUUUUCGAAAAAAAGACUAUUCAAAGAAUCUCGUCCCAACACUGAUCACCUUCGAAAUAACUGAAAAAUAUCUGCAUGUUCCAUUUUAUAAGAAAAUUUUUACGAUUUGUUUUCAUUAAUUUGCUAACUCAGUUAAUUUUUACGAUUUGUUGUUAUCAAUUUGCUAACUCAGUUAAAUAGUUAUAGAACUGGGUGAGAGAUUGUUAUGUAUAUGAGCUUACAUUUUUUAAGGAUAUAGUUACAUUAUGUAAUUGCAGCUUUUUUUCACUUGGUGCCCAAUAAAGCAACCUUGUACCAAGGUUAUGUCGGUUUCUC